GUUCAAACUAAACAGUGGCGGACGACAAAACCUGUUAAGUCGAUACGAUGAGUAUUUAUAAUGAAGACGAAUUAGUGGCACCGUCAUGGAUUAAUCAAGAAUAUUUUGCAAAUGUUCUACAGAAAUAUGAAAAUAAUGAAAACAUUAUAAUAAAGAAACUUGAGAUUAGCCCUGCCAGCAAGAAGGGAGAUCAUUAUGCCAGUAUUAUGUUUAGAUGCAAGGUAACCUAUAAUAAUGACAACUCCCUUGAAUUUAAACAAAAAUCCUUAAUCCUUAAAACCUUGCCAGAUGAAGGCAUGAAAGCUGACCUGCUGCAGGAAUCAAAAGUAUUUGAAACUGAAAUUAGUAUGUAUACAGAGACAUUGCCAAAAAUUGAGAAAAUUUUAGCAGAAUGUGGAGAACCCACCAAACUGGCGGCAGAAAUUAUCUAUCACACUCUACAACCACGUAAAGUUCUCAUUUUCGAAGAUCUCUGUGAGUUGGGUUACGAUACAUUACGUUCACGUUCAACUACAGAAGAUGAACUCCAAAUGAUUUAUCGUAAAGUAGCCAAAUUGCAUGCAGUCAGUUUCAUGUUAGGCCAAACUGAGGAUCAUGCCUGUGUUACCAAAUACGAUGAAGGUAUAUUUAGUAGCUCGGCAAUUAUGAAAAUGGAUUACAUGUCACAGGGUAUUUUUCAUUUCAUCGAUAUGUUAUCGAAACAUGAGGAUCUUAAAGUCUAUGAGGAAAAGGUGAAAGCCCUGCAACCGGAAAUAACUGAAAAAUGCAAAGCUCUUUACAAUGCCUAUAAAUUGAAUAAGACCCAAAAAGAUAUAUUCGUUUUAAAUCAUGGUGAUUUUCAUAUGAAAAAUCUUAUGUUUAAAUUCAAUGCAGAACAGCAAGCAGAAGAUUUGAUCAUGGUGGAUUAUCAAAUUUGUUGUUAUGCCCCUCUGAGUAUUGAUUUGAUUUAUUCGCAGUACAUGAUGAUGCGACCAGAAUUUCGCUUGAGGCGAAAUGAAUUUAUGCAGUAUUAUUUCAGUGAAUUUAUACGUGUAUUAAAGAAAAUUAAUUUCAAGGGAGAAUUGCCACGUUAUUCGGAUUUGCAGAUAGCCAAUCUUCAUUAUAGACAUUUUUCAUUAUUUUUACUGUCUACAUUUUUGCCUCUAAAUCAUGUUGUACUGUCUGCCAGCGAGGAGGAACUUAAAGAAAUGAAUAUAUCUGACUAUAUUGAAAAUGGCGAAAAGACCGCUUCUACUUAUCAGCAUCCUGGCUAUAUAAAGGAAUUGCAUGAACUGUUGCCUAGUUUGCUGAUUGAGGGUUAUUUGGAUUAAGGAGUGAGAUCGAAAAAUUCUUAACAUACAUAUAUGUUUAUAAAAAAGAAACCACUAAACUUACAGCUUUAAUUUUUUUUUUAUUUGAUUGAAAUUAUUAUUACAAUUUACAAAAAAAAUUAUUUUUAUAGUUUUAAUCACUAGUGAUGCAAUUUUGAACCUUUUUCGGAAACCCUUCCAUUAACGUUUUUAUAGUGCUUUCUGUCACUUUGCUCGAACAUGUAGUCCAUCUCCGUUUAAAAUCUACCACACUUUUGGACACCUUUUUUGUACUCUUCAAUUCUCUUUUAACAAGAGCCCAAUAUCUCUCCACUGGCCUUAGCUCCGGGCAGUUUGGAGGAUUUGCCUCUCUUGGUACAAAUACCACAUUAUUGUUCUUGUACCACUCAAGGGCUUGUUUGCCAUAGUGACAGGAUGCCAAGUCAGGCCAAAAAUAAGUGGACACAUUAUGAAGUCUUAUGAAUGGAAGCAGCCUUUUUUGUAAACAUUCCUUAAUGUAAAUUUCGGUAUUUAUAGAGCCCGUUGUAACAAAUGAGUGGCUUCUUUUGCCGCAACUGCAUAUUGCUUGCCAUACCAAGAACUUUCUGGGAAAUUUUGUCUGCUUUUGGGUCCUAAACUUUUCUUCAACAUUCCCUCGAGCAUCAGCAACAUAAAAUUUUUGACCUGGAAGUUGCGAAAAAUCUGCCAGAACAUACGUUUCGUCAUCCAUUAUGCAGCAAGAAUAUUUUUUUAUAAAACUUGACUUCAAUUUCCGUGCUCUGUUUUUGGCCUCUAAAUUUUUAGUAGCGUUCCUGUCAGGAACUUUUUGAGCCUUGUAUGUUUUUAAACCUGCAUUAGCUUUAACUUUUCGUACCAAAUAGUCCGAGCACUGAGCUAACCGGGCUGCUUUCCUACCGGAUGUGUUGGGAGCUCUUUUGAAAAUGCGUUCUAUUUUUUUGGCUUUAGAAACAUCAUGUGGACCAUUCCUUCUACCUGAACCAGGUUUUCUAUCAACUGACAAGUUCUCCCGGUACUGUUUAAUAACAUUGGAAACAGUUUGACGGCAGACCUUUGUAUGCUUGGCCAACUUUUUGUAAGACCAAGUUGGGUUUUGUUGAAAAUAUUUAAUAAUUUCAGUACGCACUUUUUUCUGGUCACUCAUUUUAAUCAGAUUAACAAAAAAAUUAAUAUAAUUGACAUUACACAUAAUAACUGACAUGUUUUUCAAAGGUAACUGAUCAAAAAAAAAUUCAAAUAAUACUUGGGUUAAAAAAUGUAAUGAAAAACGUGUGUUAAGAAUUUUUCGAUCUCACUCCUUAAAUA